AUGCUGGGAGGAACAAUAUGGAAACUCAUUAAAGACGAAACUGACAUAAUUUAUGCGAUUGAUUUCAACCACAAGAAGGGUAGGCACCUAAACGGUGCAACAUUUGACGCAUGCAUUCGCCCUCGUCUCCUGAUAAUUGACGUCUCAAAUGCCCUCUACACUCAUGUAUGAUAAUUAUAUUAUCGUAUCCUAAGAUUUAGUCUCGGAGAAAGAACCGCGAGGAGGCUCUCCGCCAACUACUUCUCCGUACACUUCGCCGUGGUGGCAACGUUCUCAUUGCUGUGGAUACUGCAGGAUACUGUUUAGAAAUUGCACAUCUCUUAGAAACAUUGUGGCAUAUUCAAGUAUGUUUUCAUCUUUGCUAUCCCUUUUUUAUAGGACUCGGGGUUUAUGGCAUACGGGUUAGCUAUGCUCACCCACGUUGCUUUUAACGUAUUCGAUUCUGCCAAGUCACUUGUGGAGUGGAUGUCUGACAAAAUUGUGCGGACGUUCGAAGAUCAACGCAGUAAUCCGUUCCACUUACGACACUUACAGCUUUGUCAUACCCUCGACGAACUUGACUUUGUCCCUGAUCCGAAGGUAAACUUCCUGUUCCCUACGUUUUAUAGGAAUUUGUUGUUUUCUUUAUGAGUAAACAGUCGCCAGAACUAAGUGCUCUCCAUUAAACUACGGGUCAAUGCUUUUCUACUGAUUGCGAUUGGGAUGGGCCAUUAGAAUGUCUCGCCGACAAGUUCGUUUCUUUAUGUGAUCUCACGUUGUUGACCAACCGAAGAACCACUUGAUUCGUGUAGAGGUGUCGAGUGAAGUCGGCUACCAUGUUUUUUGUUUUUUAAUUCAGAAAUACAUCUCAGCUAAACUGCUUAGGCCGCAAGAGUAAGUUUCAGAUGGAGCGCUCUUUGCAUUUAUAAAUUGGAGUCCGACUUUCCGGACCUUCGGGCCAGUGCUCUAUCCACGAUUAUGCAGCUCAAAUAAAGUGGCAUAGUUAGCGUUGCGGGAAGGUAAUUAGAUUUAUUCUCCCAGGGUUGCUGCCGGCAGACAAUAGCCUAGCAGGCGCCACUUUUUCAAACGCUUAUUAACGAUCAACAACCAGUUAGCAGGUGUUUUAAACAUAGUGGGUAAGUGAUGGGGAUCUAAAAGAACUGUCAUGCCGACGUGUGAACUGCUGAGUUCCUGAUGCCUUGUUAAUCGAGGUUUCGCACCACUGGGAUUCACUUAUGCAGCAAUUCUUCCUAUGCCUAGACUUUUCGCACUGCACCUCUGUUUGAUAACAGCAAAUGGGAAAGGCUGUUGCACAUAAAGUAUAUCUCUGUGUUCAGCCGGCCUCUGCCCGCCCGUAGCCUCUAACAGAAACUUCGCCAGCGACUGUUUGCACCUAGCCUCGUUUAUCUGACGCACGAUGUUGUUCAACGUCUUGCUUCCGUCCUCCUAUGCCUCAAAAAUUUGAUUUAUGAAACGUAAUUUUAAUGUUUUCUCAAUCAGGUUAUUCUCGCCUCCGAAUCGGAUCUCCGCAGUGGUUUUUCCCGACUUCUCUUCACUGAGUGGGCCGACUCUGAGCUAAAUACUGUGAUUGUGACGUCGCGGAACGGCGAUUUUCGACAGGUCGAAGACCUUUCGGAGUUCUUUUCGCCUGUUGGACCAGGUCUCAGUUUGGGUCGUCGUCUUAUUGGUCUGUCCAAUAAUGAACCCUGGGCUCGUGUGGGCGUGCCGACCGGGGCUAAUGGUGCCUUGAUGCUACCUUUCACUCUCUCUCAGAGAGUCGUUGUGGAAUGUCCAGUUGAGACGCCAACCACCGAGCCGGCACCCCAACCGAACGACUCUAGUUUCGCCUUUUUAAAUGGCGGAAAGAAGACAACCUCCGUGUCUAGCCCAAUAGCAACGUCUGUCAGUAACCCAAGGGCACCAUCAUUUAAUCGCUGUAAGUCAUUUGGAAAUGUUUCGCUUUCGCUACUGUUGUGCUAUUUGACGGCUUCUCAAAUAGACACGCUUAUUGUCUUUAAAUCCUCCAGUCAUUCUUUCUUCAGUCAGACAUGCCACCUGUUUUGUUUGCAUUACCAAUAGCACGACGAGUUUCGGCUUUUGGAGGUGAAGGUCAACAGCUCUACAACGAUGGUGUUGCAGACGAUGACGACACAUGCAAUGAUGAAGACGAAGAUAUCGGUGAGACAGACCGCCAUAGGCAGCUAAGCUCGACCUCGGCCCUUGUUUCCGAGAAUGCAAGUCACGUGGCACCUUCGAACACUUCCUACCAACCGUAUGAGUUAACUUUGUCCUCUAAUCCUGCCCUUACUCAUGGUCGACACCAGGCAGGCUACGACCUUUUCCCCGGCGCCUAUAAUCACUCAGGUGGCCAGUUCUUCAGAAUGACCAAGCGAACUCAGCUGGUGUUUCCGACAGUCGAAAGAACAGUAAGUCGAGGUUUCCUAAUUAAUUGUUUGACGGUGGUUUUAGACUCCUCUAACCAUCGACUUUGUCUUUUUUUAAACCACUGUUUACUCGCGCAGGUCUUCACUGGAAUCGUGAUGAUCCUUCUACACGCAUCACAAAUUUCCCUAGUCUUUUCGUAUUUUUUGUAAGGAAAGGAAGAAUAAAACUACGUCUGACUUCUUUUGAUUUCGUCUAUUUUUAGGUUUCUUGGGAUGAGUAUGGUGAACGCGUCGAUCCAGCCGUUUACAAAAUGUCGGCUGAGCCAUUUGAUGUGUCGACUGUCGAGAAACGGGGGAAACAGGCUCCAAGAGGUAUGUGAGAUAGAAUUACCUGUAGUUUGCUCAUUGCACGCGUGCAGUGUUUUCUCUCGUUUCGUCGUAGAUUUGCGCCCGUGAAAUUUAGCUGUUUAAUUUGAAUUCUCGAUGUUUCCUUGAAAUUUGCAUUCCGCUAUUUCGUUCACUUUGAAAGCUGACAAGACCGAAUGUAAGAGUAUUGGCUUUUCUCGCUGUUUUCCGUUGAACGUACUUGUCGUCCUUACAACCUACGAAUAGGGAAGGCGACCUUGUACUAAGUUAUGCAAUGAGUCAUUUAAUCAGCAGAUAUAUACAGCCUUACCUAUCCAUCCUUAACUAAAUUUUGUGAACUCAGAAAACCGGUGUUAAGUGGGCGUGAUCGAACUAGGCCGACAUUUACCCCAGAUAACUGCAUCUUCCUUAGUGUACGUUGGUAUUCUGCCACCCACGUUGUCAUGCAGUUUUACAGUUCCUUGUACAAAAUUCGCGGGACUUGCACUCAACUUAUUCAGGGGAUGCAUUCUUAUCUUGUACUUGGUACGGCUGCGAUCAUGCCUGAUCUAGCCAGCCUCGAUGAUUUCCCGAACUGUAACUCUCCACACGUGACGAUCCGCGGCAGCAGAGCUGGACAGUUCAACGCAUUCUUUUCGCAAACCGCGAAGACCGAAUACCGAAGGUUCAAGAACCGCCUCCAUGUCUUGACGAACUGCGUCGAGCAAGGUUUUGAGUCGACUCCUCCAAUGAGGUACCGGUGCCGGAUCGAGGACAGCAACACUGAGCUCCUGGGGUGGACGACGAAGAACAUGCCCAAACCACCUCAUUCGUCUUUCUUGAAUGGCCUAGGUUACCCUUGCGAUGUUGCAGCGUGCGCAGACUGUCUCAUUUGAGGCGAAGUCGAUGUACUUCACUUGAAGGAUGGUCCUCAAACAGUGGUGAUCAAAUACCUCCACUUUUCGCUCGUCCUCUACGCACACAGCCCAGCAUUCAGAACCGUAGAGAAGGAUAGACCGUACAGAUGCACGGUACGCGCGAAUCUUAGUGACGAUGGAUAUGUCGCGUCGGAUCCAUAGACAUUCCUACCAGUUGUUUGGUUCUAACUACCUCACAGUUUAUGCGACCUAUUGAUCCACAGUGAAGUUAUCUGCUCUUUAUAAAAUACCUCUUGAUUUUGUUGUUGGUCUAACCGACUCGGCUAAAGUUCUGUGGGUCGAUUUCAGUCUGACCCCACAGAAGAAUCAGUUGUGAUCCUAGAGACGUAACAAGUUCGCAAGCCUACCCCUCUCCCCUACUCUGACCUUACCCUGCGACAUCAGGCUGUCUGACAACAAGCUUCCGAAUUUUAUUCAGUCAGCUUCCAGACAUCGAUUCGCGUCGUUCAGGAAAGGGAGUGUGGCAGCCUACUUGAAUACUUAUAACAAUGAACUCAGUAAUAAACAAACUCAUGGUUUCCUUUCUCACCUCUUUCAUAGAUAUUUCGCGCUUGUUGACCGAAUCGCCUAUGGAUUUAUCCAAGGCUAGUGAUUUCCCCGGACAACCGGUACAGCUUGAUCUAGUUUCUGCUAGCCAGGACCAACUGCUUGACCUCCUUGUCCUCCAGAACUCCACUUCCCUCAUAUCGGGUGCUAACUUGCCGGACAAUUUUACUACUAAAUGUGUUGUACAAAAACUGGAACUACCCAUUCGUUGCGAGCUUAGCUUCAUCGACUAUGAAGUGAGUCCUAAGUAACACCGAUGAUGUUAUUCCUUUUCUUUGUUUUUCGUCCAAAGUCGACCCUUCUUUCAACAUGAGCAGCUCCGCGAAUUGGGUAUGUAUGUUCUGGGACGACUCCCUGAACGGACUGCGCUGUCGCGUUGGGCAUACACAUGACUGAAUAGGCUUCUGCCGCGGUACACUUGAUUCUUCCGUCACCUUAAUCGUUGCAUCGGAUCUCACGUCGGACCAGGUUGUCUCAAACGGUUCCCCGGUACACGAUUGCGACCAGAGUGUCGCCGAUCCAACUGUUCUUCUCAUAAGUCUGGUGUUCAAACUGUCGCGGCCAGCUAAAGCUUCGACCGUAUGAUUCGAUCUCCGUGACUCCGAGUCAGUUCGCAAUGGUUGUCAACACCACCUCAGUCACAAAACUCAGCAGUGGGGGUGCCAGAGCAGGUUUGUAUGGACUGAAGAAUCAGCAAGCGCCUGGCACACAUAGAGGAGUCUUAUGCAAGGUUCGCGGUUUCGUCCGUUCCGGCAUCUGGUCGUUCUGCCACCAUAACAUGUUAGUAGUUGGAAGAGGGCCGUGCAGAUGCUAUGCAAACCUCUCCCUCCAUGAGUCGAUCUGCAUGUAAUUUAUCGCUGUCCCAGGUCACUGUUGAUCAUCGUCGCUUGCGACGGACGGACUAGUGACCAAUGCAGCCGCCUAAAAAGCUAUAGCGUCCGGAUUCGGCCCGCGUUGCGAACCUGGAUACAUCGUUUCCUUAACCUCAUGCAAAAUAAACUUUCUUCCUAGCAUGCAGGUCGUUAAACUCCUCACUCAUUCUUUCCAUAUGCUCCAUAUAAUCAUAUGAGCGGUGUUCUGUAUGGCGCAAGUCGGCACCUAGGUUAAUUGCCCUUACAAUGCAAAGAUAUUUUAGGCAGUUUGGUCAUUAUUCCCGUCAUGAUAACCUCGAAAGUUAAGGGUUAUCAAUCACUUUGUACCUUCUUGAUAUUAGAUGGUAUUUUUGAAAAGCUCGAGUCACUUUACACUAGGAUUAUUGCUUAAGGCGGUAUUUUACGACCAAAGAUUGUUCAUUAACCCUGGAACGAGUGCAAGCGUGUUUACUGGUUAUGUUUGUUGAACACAAUAACGGCUACUCAAAAGCUUUGUAUCAUUGAACUGACUUGGCAUUACAUUUUACCGACUUAUCUCCAAUUCAUAAAUGUUUACAAAACUUCGAAUGCAGUCCCACUAUUGUCUUUGCCCUUCACUUAUACUGUAUUCUCUGAUGAUAACUGAGUGAAAAAUUUCCUUAAGAAGGAUCAAACGUAACUAGCUACCUAGCUGGAUCGACAGGAUUUCUUCCGUAUCAGCGCACCUGUCCUGUUUAUUCUUUGAUUUUAUUUCCCAUCAACACAUGCAGCACAUAUAUACAUCUCCAACAUUACACAAUACGUGCACCUCUUACGUAGGUGACAACUUUGUUCUUUGGCUCCUCUACUAUACGUAAGAUCCGAGCAGUCUACCUCCUAUAUGAGAUCCUGGUGUGUGUGUGUGUGUGUGUGUCUGAUGGGCCAGGCCAUGUGUGUGGCACGCGCACACAGGCUAUUCUCAGCUCUGCCAGGCACCUCUCCCAGUCUCAGCACCAGUUAGUUGAAUGGCAAUCGACUGGUGCACGGGAAUUGGUAGUGCAUGUGCGGUCGAUUUUCAGCGCAUAAUUCCUCACUAUAAACCAACCGACGUUCAGAAGACCAUCACGGCACACUGAAAGCAGUGGCUCGGAUGGUUACCAACUGAUAAUUCAACCCACCUCAUGCAGUCAACCUAGCGUGCCAAUGCAUUCAGUGACUGAUUGACGGACUGAGUGUCCGACUGCGAUGGCACCUUAAUGACUCUUACACACAUGUGAGAUCCGAGCCACCUACCCCCUUUUGUUUGUAAUCCUGAUGUGUACGUCUGGAGGACCAGGUCGUGUAUGUGGCGCGAGCAGACAACUAUCUAGCCCUGUCAACCACUGCGCCCACCCCCUUUAUCAGACAACUGACCGGCUUGGACAGUGGACGGGUGCCUGGGAGUGGGAAGAGAGUAUGAAGUCGGUGGCCACAGCGCAUAUUCCUCACUAUAAUUAAUCUGACGCGUUUGAAUCUAUCUCUGCGCUAAAAGCCAUGGCUUGGAAGGGCGCCAACUGACGGGAGAGCUCGCACCUACCUCUCAGUCAGCCUAGUUUAUGUGGAGAGAGUCAAGCUGCAAUUGUUCCUUCUUACUGUGGCCUAUGCGACCUCCCACUCAGUGGGAUCCGAGCAGCCCUCCUCUCCCCUUGUGUAAAGUCCUAGUCAGUGUGCGUUGUGGACGAGGGUUCACUCCGCGCCAGCCACGUGUGCUUCCUUCCGCCUUCGCUUAUCUUGAGUCUGUCUUAACACCGGGCCCUUGGGGGAAGGAAGAGUGUGGUAGAUGAUGCGCAAGUCUACUAUCACUUAAAACUAAAUCACUCGCAAGUCACCGUUUCUGCUCCCACCUGCCUGUGGGGUAUACGCUGAACAUCGUCGGAGGCGAGGGUCCACCUGCCAUUCUCUGACUGCUCACGUUUGUUUUCAGAAUUCUGACAUCUGUUGCACUGAUUAAACAGCGCCUUCGUCAGCCAUUUCGAGCGUUAAUAAGUUCCAUUCUCGUCUAAUCGUAGUACUGCUUUCGGUAUCAGUAAUUCUCCAAAUUUAAGCCUUUGCAUGUUAACAUUGGUACACAGUUCAUUAUGUUUAUCGCUCUCCGUUGUGUCCGUUUGCCGAAGCGCCCAAGCCCAGCAGCCUAAUCCCUAUUUUUGACAAAAUAAUCUGCCCUUUUAUAGAGACGCCUUCUUGUUUUGAGAGCGUUCUUUUCUGUCCUGUAGAGUCGUUCGGAUGGGGAAGCCCUUAAGAAAAUUAUCACCGGCUUGCGACCACAAGAAGUCAUUCUGGUCGGUGGGACGAACAAGGCGAUCAAUCACAUUGCUGAGCAUUGUAAAUCAGUUUUAAUGCUGAAGGAAGACCUCAUACACGUCCCACAGGGUUUGGAUGUGGUAAAUUGCACCAAGGAGGGCGACAUCUAUCAGGUAAACGAUAACAUCUGUUUACUUUCUUUUUCUGCUAACUUCACUUUGGACCUAUCUCUUGGUACCUACUUCUUUCAUUUGGAAUUGGCUGAAUGGAAAUAUGGCACCACUUUUAAGGCCCUCCGCCAUCGCUACUUCGAAUCUGUGUAUUAGUUAGUCUCGCGCGACUGCCACUAAUUAAUCCCUCCUGUUUACGGGACGAAAUAAGCUUUCGGGUCUAGAGUGGUUGGAGGCACUUGGUGCCCAGGACGUAACUGUCACACGGAAUUUUGGGACGGAUACCCCAGAACCGAAUCUGAAAUGGCGUUUUCUCUUCAGAGUGAAAUAAUUUAUGUGGGUUUCUCCAGUCUGAACCCAGAUUUAUUUGUGUUCGGUUUAUCUUGCCAACGAAGACCUGGAGAAAACUAUAUUCGUAUGUUAUUCUAACCGGCAGAACUGGAGAUUUAGUGAUUGAUUGCGACUUUGUUAGUUUAAACGAUCAACCAGCAUACUACACGACAGACGCUUUUGCUCACAAGCUUGUAUGGUUUCAGUUUUCUUUUGGACUGACUCACUGAGUUUAUGGGUUGCAUUUGGAAGGCUGCAGUCCCUGGAAGACGCUUGGUUUCCCUAGGCCUUGACCACCUGUCGCGUUUACGUGCAACAGAUACUGAAGCUAGUCGAAUGACAUCCAACAGAUAAUCAGUCUCAGAUCCUGUAGAUGCAUUCAGUAGCACUUUGGCUGAGUAUCUUCCUUUGAAGCUGAUAAUUUAUGCGUUGACCCUGGUUGCAGUUGUCCACCUCAAAAACGGCUUCAUCCAUCGCUUUUGCUUUUUGCUCUAGUUACCGUAACACAGGGUUUAGAGAAGCUAACGUAGAACCCGGCUUGUCUCAUUAAUGCAGACGCAUAAAGCAGGACAUCAGCCAUAACACACCUUCCAAGUAUGUUCUAUGCUGCCUUUCAUAAUGCAAUAUUAGGUAAUGCAACCGAUAACUGAGGCAUUCCGUCUUUUCUUUUUUUUACUUUUCUUCAUACCAGUUUUUCACGCAGUGGUCUUAUAUACUCCUUUUAAGGCACGAAUGAAGGACAGCCUGGUAACUGGACUGAAAUUCACCAAGAUCCGUGAAUAUGAGCUGGCCUGGGUGGAGGCGGACAUUGCGGAGAGUGAUAACCUAUCCGCCAAAAAGGAUGAGGGCGGGCACAUGGAUGGAGAGGACGACUCGGGCGCACCUGCUGUUCGCGCUUCUAUCGUAUCUGACUCCCUGCCGAUGCUGGUUCCGGCGUCGAGCCACGUCGCCCAGCACGACACUGUUUUUGUUAACGAACCCAAACUCUCGGACGUAAGUUACCGCCAACUGUAACAAAUGCGCCCACACGCGGCCUGCACAGGCACGCCCGUCGUGUUCACUAAAAUCACUUCUGUUUUUUGAUCUUUUUUAGCUUAAGCAGAUACUUCUAAACCUGGGCAUGAGUGCAGAAUUUGUGAGUGGCGUACUGGUGGUGGACAACCGUGUCGCCAUAAAGCGAUCAGAAGCCGGUAGACUCCUGCUGGAGGGCAUGCUGUGCAAAGUUUACUACGACGUGCGGGCGGUCCUAUAUCGCCAGUUUGCUAUCCUGUAGUUUCUUCCCUUAUCCCCGCUCUCUUUGCCUUGGACCCCCUUCCUCCUUUCUCAGCCCCAUUUCUAGUCCGUCUUUGUAUGUUAUUGUUUUAAGAAACAAAUACAGAUUUUUUAUCUUGACACUUUUCGUUCUUCAUCUACAUCCCAUUUUUGUCCUUUGCUCCGUCCAGAGGGAUCUCUGUGAAUGCCAUCACUGCCUGGUUCUCGUACGAAAGAUGCUUUUUGCCGCCUUGUCCAUGCAAGGAUGAAAUGAGUCAAUACCGCCUUUCCUUUCGCUUGUCUAAUUUGCGACUGUCAAUGGCAACUUUUUUUUACAAAUUUAGAGGUACUUGGAGUGGGUUCGCGGACCUGCACCACCCCUAAGGUGAUGAAUUGUUAUCUCUGAACCGUUUUUCGAUCUUACAGUAUGUGCAUGCACUUGUAAAACUGUAAUAUUUUAGUCAUAAUCCCUAUGCAAUGCACUACUCACGCGAAUUUACAGUACCGAUAAACAUAAAGCCCUACUUGAGACUAUUUCCCGUACUGUUUUACAGUUGAUUUCUUCUGAAAAUACUUCCAGCGUCUGUCAGAUUCAUGGUCUGUAAGAAAUCACUGUUCUUACGGCGUUCUUUCCUCGCAUUUGUGGUAUUUCAAUGAGUGGGUAUUUCUUAGUGGCAGUGCUAUAGUCGUUUUGAAUAGAUACGCGUCGCGAAAAUUCUCACCCAAGGAAGGGUAAUCAGUCAUUUUUAACAAAGCUUGCGUUUAUGAUAGUACCUCAGAUUUGCUUCGUUAUUUGCCUAGGCUGGUGUCCACAAGUUCCUCGUACCGCUUACAUUUUGCUCUACGUGUUUUCCCAUAGUUUUAGCACCAGAAAGCCGCUUUUUAAAAACAGGUUCGCAAACUUUCAGAAGAAGUGAGGACACAAGUUAUCUCAAAGUUAAUACUAAUCGGGGAACUCCGUAAACCGAACACUCCCUUAAAGAGCGAGGUAAAAGGAAAGGAGAUUGACGUGUGUCAUUUCUAAGAAAUUUGGAUUGUCCUUACCUAAUCGAACCUAUGCGAACAAUUGAAAGAGCUGGCUACAGCGAUGUUGUACGUUCCAUCCUGUGACUUAUGCAGAUUGUUAACUACAGUAGAUGUGCUAACUCAUGAAAUGUUGAUCGAAAUUCUGAAAUGCGUUUUCGACUCGAAAAGAUUACUUGAGUACGCUGGUAAUAUUAUCUCCCUUGCAACAUAAUCCCAAGAUAGUUCAGUUACUCCAGGCUGCCAGCAUUUGGACGAACGUCCUCCCAGCCGCCUGCGGAAACUACUCUGUGAAAAAUGACUGUUUAGGUAUCGUGAAUUUCUAUCAUUGAUUUUCGACUCCCUUAUAAAUCCGAAUAUAUUUCACAGAAUGCAUGCGCAAACAUCCAUUUUUACUUAUUUGGCAGAAAAUUACGCCUUCUACAGAUUUUAUUGUUGACGGAAGGGUAUAAUUCGGUGUUAGAAAACUUAUCCAAUUCCCGAAUAAUCUUGAACCCGACUUGAAUUUGGGGUUUCCAAACAACAAGCUGUACAUUUUCCAUGUAUGGAAAAGCACACUUUUAUAUACACUAUCAAAAAGAGACCGCAUGAUGUUCAUAGAAUUUAGUAGCGGAUUUGAGCCAUAUUGUAAACUUUAUAAGCAGCACUACUAAAUUCAGAGACACGAUGUUUUAUGGACGGGCAUUUUAAGGUCUCAAAAAAUUUCACGAUUAGCAACUUUCUUUAAACCGAAUUAUGCCUUUCCUUUAAGUGUGAAGCGUGGAGAAGGCGUUAUAUCCAACUAAAGGAGUAAAAGAAUGAAUAUUUUAAUGCUUUUUUGGCAGUUCAGUAGCCGUGCAGGCUGGAUCAGCGAAAAUCUGCGAUUCUUGCCUUUUUCAUUACGACCAAAUUUGUACAUAUAUUCUCAUCGCCGAAGGUAUCAUUAUUAAAACACGACUGAGGACGUAUCUUUUACGCAUGCGCAGAUUCUUGCAGUCAAACUAAUGCGUAUAAGGAACGGACUACAAACCUAUUUUAGCCUCUUUUAACUCAUCGACUGCGGCUUUUAUGUGCGCUAACUACUUCCACUCCAUCGUGCAUCGGAGUGCGGGUCUGAAUCAAGUCCUCUCCAAACCUCCCCCUCCCCUCAAAUGUAUGCAAUUGAUUGAGAGGCUAGACUAUAUUGCUUCCUACGGCAGGACCUUUAUGCAAGCCCGCCAUUUUGUUUGUUUUUAGCCCAGACAAUGA